CCCAGCUGCAGAGAAGGACAUAGCCACUGACAAGGAAUUUGAUGCAUUUCAAGAUUAAGAGACAGUCUUCUUGCGUUCGAGUGUCACAGUGUUAAAAGAGAAGUGUGUGGGGAAGCGAUGAAGGCGAACGUGCACCAAAGUCCAGUGUGAAGGAGAAAAUCAUUAGUUCUCCCACAGCCAUGAGCCAGCCAACUCCAGCCACCAUGGAGCCACCCGUGCUGCCAGAGGAGACGAAAGCUGUCUUUGGGGUGGCAGACAUCAUCGUAGUGGUUUUGUAUUUCAUCUUUGUCCUCGCUGUUGGAAUAUGGUCAUCGAUACGGGCAAGCCGUGGAACCAUUGGAGGUUAUUUCCUUGCUGGGCGAUCCAUGACCUGGUGGCCUAUUGGAGCAUCACUGAUGUCCAGCAAUGUGGGCAGUGGCUUACUCGUUGGACUGGCGGGCACUGGAGCAGCUGGGGGUCUUGCUGUUGGGGGCUUUGAGUGGAACGCUACCUGGGCACUGCUGGCUCUUGGCUGGAUCUUUGUACCUGUUUACAUUGCAGCUGGAGUGGUUACCAUGCCUGAGUAUCUGCAGAAGAGAUUUGGAGGGCAGAGGAUACAAAUCUACAUGUCUGUGCUGUCCCUCAUUCUCUACAUAUUCACCAAGAUAUCUACAGAUAUUUUUUCUGGAGCAUUAUUCAUCCAAAUCUCUUUGGGCUGGAACCUCUACUUGUCCACUGUGGUCUUACUAGUUGUGACUGCUGUCUACACUAUAGCAGGUGGUCUAACAGCUGUGAUAUACACAGAUGCACUACAGACCUUGAUCAUGGUACUGGGAGCUCUGGUCCUCAUGUUUAUAGGAUUCGAAAAAGUUGGCUGGUAUGAAGGACUUAAGGAGAAAUACAACACAGCUAUACCCAAGGUCAUAGUCCCAAACACAACCUGUCACCUCCCACGUGAGGAUGCCUUUCAUUUGUUCAGGGACCCAGUCACAGGGGACAUUCCUUGGCCGGGCCUUGUAUUUGGACUCUCCGUGCUGGCUCUUUGGUGCUGGUGCACUGAUCAGGUGAUAGUUCAAAGGUCCCUCUCCGCCAAGAACCUCUCCCAUGCCAAAGGUGGAUCAGUGCUGGGAGGAUAUUUGAAAAUCUUCCCUAUGUUUUUCAUUGUCAUGCCAGGAAUGAUCAGCAGAGCUCUUUAUCCAGAUGAAGUGGGCUGUGUGGACCCGAGUAUCUGUAGAAGGAUCUGUGGAGCUGCAGUGGGUUGUUCCAACAUUGCCUACCCCAAACUCGUGGUAGAGCUCAUGCCUGAUGGGCUCCGGGGUUUGAUGAUUGCCGUGAUGAUGGCAGCCCUGAUGAGUUCCCUCACCUCCAUUUUCAACAGCAGCAGCACCCUCUUCGUUAUAGACAUCUGGCAGCGGAUCCGUAAAAAUGCUUCGGAGCAGGAGCUGAUGAUUGUGGGCAGAGUCUUCAUCCUCAUCCUGGUAGUCAUCAGCAUCCUCUGGAUCCCCAUCAUUCAAUCAGCCAACAGCGGCAAGCUCUUUGACUACAUUCAAUCUAUAACCAGCUAUCUGGCUCCACCCAUCACAGCGCUCUUCAUCCUGGCCAUCUUCUGCAAGAGAAUUAAUGAGCCUGGUGCUUUCUGGGGCCUCGUGUUUGGGCUGGCUGUUGGUCUCAUUCGGAUGAUCAUGGAGUUUAUUUAUAGUGCACCAUCCUGUGGUGAGGAGGACAGAAGGCCAGCUGUGCUGAAGGACCUGCACUACCUCUACUUCGCGCUCAUCCUCUGCGUCCUCACCGCCACUGUCAUUGUCCUCAUUAGUCUCUGCACCCCUCCAAUCCCUGAAGAAAAGCUUGCUUGCCUGACAUGGUGGACGAGACACAAAAAAUCUCCUGACAUUGAUCUGAAAACUUACAAGAGCGGAUCAGCACAGAUAAACCCAGCUAAUGGAGAGCACGACUUGGUCGAAAGUGCAGAUGCAUGCAGUAAGGAGGAGGCAGUACCCAAGCCUCCCUGCUGGAAAACACUGUAUCUCUGGUUCUGUGGUCUGUCCCCCAGCCCCACAUCAACUCUGUCCCAGGAGGAGAGAGCUGCCUUGGAGCGCAGACUUACCAGCAUUGAGGAGAAGCCUCUCUGGAAGGCUGUUUGCAACGUUAACGCUCUUCUCCUGCUGACCAUUAAUGUCUUUUUGUGGGGAUAUUUUGGCUGAGAUGGGGUUGGGCAGUGCAUGGCUUUGGUUUACUACAGGUCUUCUCAUUCUCAUGUCUGAGCUGGAGGCUUUGGGUGACAGAUUCUGCUGAUGGUCCCCAUGUGCCUGGGCAUGGCCCUUCCCCAAGGCACUGCUUGCUGGAAAUGCCUCCUGAGCCAAGGAGUGACCAAGACUCAAACCCGGUUGCAGACAGGAUACAUGAGAAAGCAUGUGGGUUGAGCCAACAGAGCUGGGUCAGCUUUAGAGCAGAGCCAAACCUGACAGGGAACAAAUGUCUGGAAAGCCUGGAGCCUUACUCCUCUCAUGCAACCUGACUGUCCCACUGCUUUAGGGGAAGAACUUCUGGCUUACAUUACUGUGGGGGAGGAGGCUGAAGCACUUCUUGCAGACUUUUACAUGACCAAAUUGAGAUGGGCUCAGGGUGCGAUCACUGAAUUAGUGACAAUCCAGGCUCCUGUAGCUACCCCAAACCUACACUGGACAAUCUCCCCUCCCCCCACCCCAUAUUGGCAGCAGACAGACCCCCACCAGCCCCUGGCCUGUCCCUCUUCACUCCCGGGUGAAUCUUGCCUUUAACAGCAUUACCAGCAAUAAAAGUGCCUUAGUAACAAAGCCAAUUUUGACUCCAGGUUAUUGUGGCUAUAUAUCCUGCAGUGACACAUCAAGGUCUCCCUGGGACCACCAUGUCAUAGCCGUGGGAUGGAAAUGAACACUCCUCCACGGGCCGGGUCACUUGGACUCCAGGCCCCCCUGCCUCCUCUUGGGACUACCAUGAAACAUGCUAUAGCCAUCACGUUUUAAACCACUUUGUGAAGAAAAGAUGGAAGUACCUACUGUUAAUAACACUGCAUGGUGGUUAGGACCUGAGAAGCCUAGAGAAGAUUAAAAAUCCCCAUGGGGUUGUGACCCUUUACUCCACCACAUCCAAACUUCCAGGCAUAGGCUGAGCAGGGAGGUAAGGGCACCCUGUGAAUCACAGUACCAUGAAGAUGAAGGAAUCACAGAAUAAUUGGGUUGGAAGGAAUCUCAAAGCCCAUCUACUUCCAACCCCAGCCACGGGUUGGGUGCCCUCAGUACAUCAGGCUGCCCAGUGCCCCACCAACCUGAUCUUGGGCACCUCCAGAAAUCGAGUUACCAGCUGCAAUUAAUAGCAGGGUGAUGUCUAAUUAAUAAAUGGACACAUUUCUAAUACUCAGGCUCCCACCUGAGUAUCUCUGAGGCAGAGGUCCUGAGUGCUCCUGAGCCACAGAGCCCCCCCAGCAGCGCUUAGCUUGAUGCCUUUUAUUGUUUUUUGUUUUGUUUUGUUUUUUUGGACCACAUAUCCUGUAAGCUAUCAGAAAUGCACCACAGAGCAGGAUGAGGGGCAAGGGGCAGUUUUUAAAAGCAUUUGAGACUGUUCUUUUCCCCUAAGAAAAAUGCUACUUUUGCAGAGAUUAGAAGUAGAGCUUACUAAGCCUUUUAUUUUUAACAAUACAAACAGUUCUAAUCUGGGGACUUUGUGCCCUGACUCUUCCCUUCCUCAUCUCACCCACAGAUCUUGGAGGACAAUGCUUCCCCUAAAACGAUGAUGCCUGUGUCAGUUAAAGCAAAAUACUUCAAGCGAUGUGACUGCAUCCCUUAGCUUGGCCACAGAAGGAAGGGAAAGAUUCUAUUUCCCUUCUUGGUUGAAGACUGGAAAUGAGGAGAGUUCCCUUUCUACUAGUUCUCAUUUCAGUCCCUCUGCUCCUUCCGUCUGCCUACACCCACAUGAGCUUCCUUUGUAUCUCCAGCCCCUCCAUUCCAGCCUUGGUGACCUCCCUGUUGGGUCACACCUGAGCAGCACGGAAUGAGCACAUUCAUGAGGUCAGGAGACUUCUAGCACCACCCCCAGGAGAUGUGCAUGGUGAGGCAGAGCCAGACCAUGCCACAACCAUAGUCAGGCAGCAGCAGCUCUGUGCUCCCCUGGGAGCAGGCUGUCAUCACUGCAGAACACAGCAGCCUAGCUCCUCACCGUGCUGAUGGAUUGCAAUAUCCUAACGGGAACACAUCGCUUUCAGGGCUGUAACCAAUAUACAAGUCCAUUGGCAGCAGAUGUUAUUAACGAUGCCAAUACAUAUUUUCUUAUUAAUCUUCCAUACUAGGCUUGUGUCUAUCUGCAAAUGAUUAUCAUUCAUUUUCCUGACAAAUCUAUCAAGAUCAUUUAUUACUGUUCAGCAAAGGAUCUUCUUUUAUACAAAGAUUAAUAACAUUGCAUUUUAUCUGGCUGGCUGAGCCAAAGGAAAUGAAAUUAACAAUGAACCCUACAAACGUGUCAUCACUUUAAUUUACCAGAAAAUACUUAAAAAUGUUAUUUAAAAGAAUAUACGCUACAGUAGGCACAAUUUAUUACAAAGAAAAGAAAUGAAAUGCCAUACAUACAUUUUAGCAGGAUGGAGAGAAAGUUAGCAAGCAGAGCUGUGUUGUCUCCGGUUCCUUGCACUCAUUUUGUGGGCCAAAGGGAGCAGGGCAUGCAGGCAUCAGUGCCCAGGGGAACCACAGCUGGAAGUUGCUUCUGGGCUCUGUGGUGCUACCCAGGAUCUCAAGCUCUGAUCCCUGCAGGCAGCAUUGCCCUCCUGUAUUCCUAUGAGAGGAAACUUCUUUGGGAUAGAACUUACAGAGAUCUGAGGGAGAGAAGGGGACAUGGGCAGGUAAGCAACUCUCAUGGUCGCUACUACAAAAAAUAAACACACCUUUGAACUUACAUGGCCAUGCUUCUUUUCUUCUGCUUUUUCUGCUCCUGGGUAGGGUUAUUCCCUUUCUUACAUUUGAAAAAAAAAAUCAAAACAAAUGAUAACCAUACACCAAAGAAUGUAUCAUACACUGCCUUUUAGUGCAAGCAACAACAAAAAAGCUUAAUGUUACCAUUGCUUUCACGCUGUUUUAUUUCUUUUACGAAUCUCAGCUUGGAGCCCAGCUCUGGUGGAGCCCCCACCAUUGUGGGACAUUCCUCAAGUUUCCAGUGCUGGCCUGAGGCAUCCUAGGCAGUGGGAUCCCACAAAUACCACAGCUCAUGUGCCCAUUUCCCACCAGCCAGUGCUUCCAACACUGGCAUAUUAUUCCUCUUCCUUGCUGGGUGGGGAGAAGAUUGCUUAAAAUAAUCUUGGAUUACGUAGUCAAGAAGUGUUUCUCCAACACACAAUAAAAAGCCAACUUCUUACCUUCAGUGCAUUCAUCUUAUCACACUAAAUACAGGGGCAGAAGCAAUGUUUUAAACACCAGACAAGAGAACAACCCUGCUAACCCUGAGCUUUAGCAGUUUCAAAAUGCUGACGUAUUGGCAAGAAGAUUUCUCAGUGUGCAUUUGUGCAUCUCCAGGGAGCAGCACAACCACAUGUGUUAAACCUGCUGGCGUUUAGCCAAACGCUUUAUCACUACACAAAAGUCUUCCUGAGUCUUUUUAAUUAAAAAAAAAAAAUCAUCAAUAUUGUGCAAGUCUAAAUAAAAUUUUAACACGUGAGAAAAAUAUUUGCCAUUUCCCAAGUGCACCUCAGCCCCCAAAGUCAUGCAUUUUUUCCUCCCCAGUGAGUUUUGAAACUCCUGGAGUUAGAAAAUGAUUCUGCCUCUGAACAUACAUACACCAAGCACUGGGACUCUUCAGAGACUUCUAAAGGUUUCAAAUCAUUCAAGUGCAGCAGGGCAACCAGCAGCUCUUUAAUUCCUGACCGAAAAUCUCACAUCAUGCCUUCCCUCCCCAUCUCCAAGUUUCCAGCACCUCUGUCUAUUCAUCUCCAUCACAGUGGAUGGGAGAUGCUAUUUCAGCAGGUGCCAUCUGGUCAAAGGCUGGCACCAGGUAGCGAUGUGCUGCUCAGGCAGCCCAAGAUGUCAGAAGCAAGAACUGAAAUAUCACGCAGUGCAGUAUUACUGAUAAGCUGUCCAAGCAAGACCAGAUGGCACCACCACACCAAGGACAACGAGCAGAGAUAUUAAGAUGUCAGAGUAUGAACCAAGUCAGUGUGAGCUGCUAAAGUUUGUGCCAUUUGUGGGAACAUUUCUGCAAAAGAAGUUGUCCAGGAUCACAGGGCAGAAAUGCUCCUGGAGAGGGCACAUGAACAAUGUGCCAAGAGCCCCAGGAUGUCUCAUUAGCACACGGAAUACUCAGGCCAUGGGACUACUUGCAGGCUAGGCUAGUAGCACUCAGCACUGACUUGGUGACCAUGGGUGCAAUUCCUCUGCCCGCUUUCUGGUUUAGAAUAAGCAAACAAGCAGGCUCUACUUUUAGGCCUGGGGGGAACGAACGCAGCCACCAUUUUAAGAACCCCAUCUUUUUUAUUGUGUGUUUCCUAACAGGAACGCUGUGCAAAACAUUCAGCCCUCACUCCUUCCCACAGCUUCCACAAAAGAAGCAUUCCAUUUAAUCUGUGAGGCUUAUAACCAACUCACGCAGUGCAAUAGUUCACAUCAGUUUGAAGGAAAAACAUUCUGCUGGAAGCACAGGCAAGUAGCAGUGUCAAUUUUUCAUUAACCUACAGCCACUGUCUCUGUAGACUUCCAGCUCUAAGUAAGAUUACUGUUAUAAUUUCUUCUAGUCCCAGAGGGAAGGGGAAAAAACUUCACAAAACUUUUAAGGUCAUUAAAAAAAACCCAAACAAGCCGCCUUUAAAUCGGAGGUAGUUUCGGUUUACUUUUAUAUUUCAAAAUCAAAUCUUAGCUUCAGCCGCACAUCACAGCAGAAAUGUCAGAUGCUUUGUUUCGACAUCUUUCACGAAAGAAGUUCCGGCUCAUACAUGAGCUGAAUGCCAAGUAAAUAGAUUUUCCUGGGGAACAAAGGCAGCUUUUCUGUUUGUUUUAAACAUAUGUAAAUAAGAGUCCCAGGAGCGGAGCUGCCUGUCACUUCCACCAGGUUUGCUCUCCUGCCACCCGGGCAGCAGCCCCAGCCCUCGGCCUCAGACCUCAGCAAAAGGAGAACGGUUUAACGCACAUUCCUUUUUCUUGCUUAGCGAGUUUCUUUCUUCUUUUCCUCCUUUUUUUGAUUUUCAAGCUCUAGUUAAAGAAGGGAAUUGCAGAACUACUUUGGCCCUCUGUCACAGUCACUGCAGAGAUGCUGAAAAGCGUUUGGCAGAUAAGAUCAGCAUCUGACAAUGUAUGACUGCUAUCAAUAAACAGUCAGGGCUGUGCUCCCACAUACCAGUGCUGUAUUAAAGACUGAUGGUACCUGCUAGCUUACAGUGGGCAGGGAAGAAACUGAA